CUGACGAGUCCACACGCGGCCAGGAAAUAUUCAUACGUGGUAGGUGCCUUAUAUCACAACCGCAGUAAACGUGAAAACUCGCACAGUUUUCGUCCGGCGUUUCAUUAUUGUCAUAUACUUACCAUUAUUUUAUUUGCAAAAAAAAACCCAAAAACAUGUGGUCUCCCAUCGCGAUUUCGUUCGUUUGCGUCUCUCUGGCCGUUUUCGGUUCCACCGCUUCCGCUCCACAACAACAGCAGCAACGGAAAGAGGACGGAUUCGGCGCGGUCCUGUGGUCGGUGCUGGACGAUUGUUUUGGCGACUUCACUUCUGCCGUACCAGCAACCGUGUGCCUCAAGUCCAAAGCGCUGACUGCCCUUGACAGGGCCCUCGGCAAGUCCGCCGUGACCCUUACGGAAGGCGUCACCCUGACCGCCCGAGCCGGCAAGUCGCUGGCCGUCGACCCACAAGCCGACCGGGCCGACCGCGCCGCCCUGGACGCCGCCCCGGAUGCCGACAGCAAGAACGCCAUGCUGGACGACAUGCUAGCCAGCCGCAUGGACAGGCUCAUGUCCACCAGGACCAUCGUGCUGGACGGUGUCGACCAAGAAGGUCGCAAGAAGAAGGACAAGGGUAUACAACAAGCCAUCAUGAUGGCCGGUAUGACGGCUGCCGCUGUAAUGGGACCGAUGGCAUUAAAAAUCAUCGCUUUAAUCUCAGUCAAGGCACUGUUGAUAAGCAAAAUCGCAUUGGUGCUGUCCGGUAUUAUAGUGCUCAAGAAACUCAUUCAGCCCCAACAGGGAGGUGGUGGUGGUCACGAAACCGAAUCGCAUCAGUCUCAUCAUUACGGUCGGAGCAUUCAACUCGAAGACGCUGCUCAAAACAUGGCGUACUCGGGCCAAAAGCAAUAAUUAGCCGCCACAGCGUUCUUAUUAAUUUAUUAUUUAUUUAUUUAUAACCGUAACAGUGUUAAUAGUUGUAAUUUUUUACUAUUAUUAAUAUUUUGUUUACGAGACUAUUCGUCUUAAUAAUGGUAUUGUAAAGCUACGUGCUGAAGAUUUAUUUUCGAUUUAUUUUUAAGUAGGUAUUUAUAAUCAAAUUAAUUUAUGAACUUUUUUCUAUUACCUACUGCUUUUAAAAUUAAUCUGUUUUUAGAUUAUACAAUGAAAAAUAUUCACUUAUUAUUUAUUUCCACCUUUAAUUUAUUGAUUAAAUAUGAUUCGAUUGUCAUAAUAA